AUGAAGAUCCGUCAAGUCCCACCGACGGAACAACCCCCCGUCCUGCACUUCAGGCGACUUACCACCCAAGAGCUCGAACGGGUGAAUCGUCGCCUCGACGAGGUCGAUUCGAAAGUUCAUCGCGCCACCAGCUCAGCUCCGGAAUUGACGAAAGCACUCGCCGACACCCGAAGAAGCCCGCUCACCCGCAGGCUCCGCCAGAUUGAGCUACACGAAAGAGUUCGACUCAAAAUCGACUCUUACACCGGCGAAGAAGACCCCAAGAAGUGGCUAACCGCGUUCAACCUCGCCAUGAGGAGGGAGAAAUACAAAUCUUACGAUGAAAGGGAGGCCAACUACUGUCAAGUAUUCGUCGAGCACAUGGCGAAAGAUGCCUUGACCUGGUUCUCUAACCUCCCCGCCGAGUCGAUCGAUAACUUCGACGACCUAACCAAUGCUUUUCUGAAGCAUUACUCCAUGCACAUGACCCGAAUCACUCGGAACAUGUUCACCACAACGCAAACCCAAGGCGAACCAUUGCGCAGCUUUAUGGAAAGGUUCAAACAAGCAGCUCGCGACACUGGCGACAUGCCCGAUAGCGUCCCGCUAGAAGCACUCCGCAACGGCCUCUGGUACGACUCCAAGUUCAAGGAGGAUUUGUCACUAAAACCCCCUGCGACUCUGGAGGACGCGUUCCACCGCUCUCGGAACUACAUCUUCCUCGAGGAAGACCAGCGCUUCUACGCCGAGAAACAUGGAGAUAGGAGGGCAACCUCGACGAAACCCAGAGAGGAACCCAUGGAGGCACGAAAAGAUAUAAUCCAAAAAGAUCACUCCUAA